CUUGGCUCACCUACUCACUUCCUCACUAGAUUCUUAAUACACAACCCAGCUGGUGAAAGAGAGGAACUUGAGAGUUAGCUAGCAUGGCGGCAGCAUUGUCGUUCCCGAUCAUCGACAUGAGUCUGCUCGACGGGGCAGAGAGGCCCGCGGCGAUGGGGCUGCUCCGCGACGCAUGCGAGAGCUGGGGCUUCUUUGAGAUCCUGAACCACGGCAUCUCGACGGAGCUGAUGGACGAGGUGGAGAAGAUGACCAAGGACCACUACAAGCGUGUGCGCGAGCAGAGGUUCCUCGAGUUCGCGAGCAAGACGCUCAAGGAAGGCUGCGACGACGUGAAUAAGGCGGAGAAGCUGGACUGGGAGAGCACCUUCUUCGUCCGCCACCUCCCGGAGUCCAACAUCGCCGACAUACCCGACCUCGACGACGACUACAGGCGCCUCAUGAAGCGCUUCGCGGCGGAGCUGGAGACGCUGGCGGAGCGGCUACUGGACCUGCUCUGCGAGAACCUCGGCCUCGAGAAGGGCUACCUCACCAAGGCCUUCCGUGGCCCCGCGGGCGCACCCACCUUCGGCACCAAGGUCAGCAGCUACCCGCCGUGCCCGCGCCCCGACCUCGUCAAGGGCCUCCGCGCCCACACCGACGCCGGCGGCAUCAUCCUGCUCUUCCAGGACGACCGCGUCGGUGGCCUCCAGCUGCUCAAGGACGGCGAGUGGGUGGACGUGCCGCCCAUGCGCCACUCCAUCGUCGUCAACCUCGGCGACCAGCUGGAGGUGAUCACCAACGGCAGGUACAAGAGCGUGAUGCACCGGGUGGUGGCGCAGAUCGACGGCAACAGGAUGUCCAUCGCGUCCUUCUACAACCCUGGCAGCGACGCCGUCAUCUCCCCGGCGCCGGCGCUGGUGAAGGAGGAGGAGGCCGGCGAGACGUAUCCCAAGUUCGUGUUCGAGGACUACAUGAAGCUGUACGUGCGCCACAAGUUCGAGGCCAAGGAGCCCCGGUUCGAGGCGUUCAAGGCCAUGGAGAACGAGACCCCCAACCGCAUUGCCAUCGCUUGAUAGCGUGUGUACCACAGCGACCCCUACCGGGUCGGUGUCAGUAAGGUUUAGUCGUGUUCGUAGUGAUCAGUGCGUGCAUGGUCAGCUACUCAGCUCGCGUUUUCUACCUGAAUAAAUUAAGCUCCGUCGUCGUCGUCUCGUCACCUUGGAUAAUUGUCAGUUGGUGUGGCGUGCUGUUGCACGUACGGCCAUGUAUCUUUGUCGGCUGUCCUCGUGUGGUACUUGAUAGCUUGUGCGGCGUGCUGUACCGUGUACGGUUUAUUAUCUACUCCAGUUCUAUAUCGUGGUGAUUUCUGAUAAUUUUCGUUUUUGUGUUA